GAGCUAUGGUUGCCCGUAAAGGGACUUCAGGAUCAUAUCGAUUCCCUUCUACAAAGGGACACACUCCUUUGAAAUCUGCAGGUAGUACCGGGUCCUUCCCUGCCAAAGAAAGUGGGUCAUCUGUUUCCCGUUCUCUUCCAAAGAAAGGAGACCGUGAAUGUUCUUUUUGUGGUAAAGAUCACACUGUUGACAAGUGCUGGAAGCUUCAUGGCAGACCUGAUUGGGCAGAUGACUUGAUUGGUAAGAAACAAGGGAGUCGAGCUUCUCUUGUGACCACCACAACAACUGAUGAUGACACUGAACUUGAGAAAGAGGACAUGUCAGGAUCUUUACACUCAGGAGGAGAUUGGGCGUGGUUCUAAGAGAGGGGACUUAUGGUACUUCAGUGGCAUUGGUUCUGAUGUUGUGGCAAAUCACACUAGUACCCACCUGUUGAGGAAUGAAAAGUUGAUUCGUUUAUGGCAUCAACGUUUAGGACAUCCAUCUUUAGGCUAUCUAAAACAUUUGUUUCCUUCAUUAUUUAAAUCUGACGUGUUUCGUAACUUCAAUUGU